CCCGCCUCUAAAUGAACUCAUGAUUGAAAUAUGGCAUUGAAUUUGUUUUAAAAAGGGAAGGCGUGUAGGAAAGAAAAGCGAACGCGGUCAAGAGCUUUGGCUUGUGGGGAACGUGGUUAGGAAGUGUUUGCUUGUCGCUGCACCCGGAGUGGGUCCAGUAACCUUUGCCUCCCACUGGGUGGAGUAGGGCCUUUAAGAGCAGUUGGAAUGCAGUUCCCCUGAUCAGCUUAGCCGGUUAUUCCCUGCUUGAACCUCUGCUAGCCCUGGAGAACAGUGUCCGGUUCAGACCAACGGAUCUCCUGCGCUCUGCAGUCACCACAGCCCACUUCUUGCCUGAGCGAGAAACUUUGCAGCGGGGGAAGUAGGCUCCCAUCUGUGCAGCCAUGGGAGAGGACGCUGUACAAGCAGAAAAGUUCCAGCACCCAAAUGCGGACGCCCGCCAGGAGAAGCCAUCCAGCCCCAGCCCGAUGCCUUCCUCCACACCGAGCCCCAGCCUGAACCUGGGCUCCACAGAUGAGGCCAUCCGGGACAACUCGCAGGUGAACGCGGUGACCGUGCACACACUCCUGGACAAGCUAGUCAACAUGCUGGACACCGUGAGGGAGAACCAGCACAACAUGGAGCAGCGGCAGAUCAACCUGGAGGGCUCCGUGAAGGGCAUCCAGAACGACCUCACCAAGCUCUCCAAGUACCAGGCCUCCACCAGCAACACCGUGAACAAGCUGCUGGAGAAGUCUCGCAAGGUCAGCGCUCACACGCGCGCCGUCCGGGAGCGCCUGGAGAGGCAGUGCGUGCAGGUGAAGAGAUUGGAGAACAAUCACGCCCAGCUCCUCCGCCGCAACCACUUCAAAGUGCUCAUCUUCCAGGAAGAAAGUGAGAUCCCUGCCGGUGUGUUUGUGAAGGAGCCGGUUCCCGCUCCUGCAGAAGGCAAGGAGGAGCUGGCUGAGGAAAAUAAGUCCUUGGAGGAGGCACUGCACAACGUGGAGCUCUCCUCCGAUGAUGAAUUGCCCUGUGAUGAGGAAGCCCUGGAAGACAGCGCCGACGAGAAGCUGGAAGAAAGCAGGGCGGAGAAAAUAAAGAGAUCCAGCCUGAGGAAAGUGGAUAGCCUCAAGAAAGCCUUUUCUCGCCAGAACAUCGAGAAAAAGAUGAACAAGCUGGGCACAAAGAUCGUAUCUGUUGAGAGGCGGGAAAAGAUUAAGAAAUCGCUCGCAUCCACCCACCAGAAAGCCUCUUCGGGGAUAAGCUCCCCUUUCAAGGUUUCUCCCCUGUCCUUCGGUAGGAAGAAAGUCCGAGAGGGAGAAAGCUCAGCAGAAAAUGAGACCAAGUUGGAAGACCAGAGCUCCUUCACAGAGGGUGUUUCCGAAGCAUCCCUCGCCAGCGGCAGCGCGGAAGAUGGUGAGAAGCCGGCCUUGAAGGGGAACAGCUCCGGCGUGGGCAGCAAUGCUGACCUGACCAUUGUGGAGGAUGAAGAGGAGGAGUCGGUGGACCUGCCGCAGGCGCAGCAGGUGUACGAUGAGAGCGGUUAUGUGCUCAACUCCGAAGAGAUGGAGGGAUCCGGUGAGAAACAGGUCCAGCCGGCCGUGCUGCAGGUGGACCAGACAGCCUGAGUGCACCUACAGCCAGCACACCGGGCCAGGUGCAGAGCCCAGCACUGGCUCAGGGGCAUCCUCAUCCCAAAAGCCACCUCUGCACCUCUCCAUCUCUUCCUGCUCCCAGCUGUGACUGUCCAGGCCAUAAGCACUGGUCAUGCCCUCAGAUACACACGAAAUCAAGGAAGCACAUCGCCAGGGGUUCCACUUUUCAUUUGCUCCUAAGGUCUGUUGCUGUAGAAUUUCUCCAAGUUUGGAAUAAGAAAGGGAUGGGGCAGUUAAAAACCACCAAUCAAUUUGGCUUAGUCAGGAAAACUAAAGUAGAUUUAAGACAGUAGUCAUGAAAUGUGAUUUUUUUUUUCUUGUCAUUCUAUCAGCUUGCUGAAUUGUGUAGCAGUAACAUAGUGAUUUCUCACCAUGGUCUAUGAAUGAUUAGUCUUCAAGUAUGUGACCUAGAAUACACAGAAGUCUGUACACUGAAAAUACAACUCUGUAUUUUAGGGGAAAAAUAUUUACAAAAGAUAGCGCGUCAUGCUCAGCUGAUUAUUCUCCUAUAGGAACCUUGUUCAUUCAUUACACGUGGAGGGAUUGAACAGGGAUUGAUCAGCUGUGAUGGUCAGGUAAGGGCAAGGGGACUAGUAAGCUAAGAACCUAGGGUGGCGCGAUUGGAACACAAUAAACGGAAUACAAAGGAGACCAAAAAGAAGGA